AUGUAAAAUGUUAAAUUUUAUUGUAGUUAAGCUAAAAAAAAAUUUAUGUUGUUUGCUUAAUCAAAAAUCACCCAAAAAUAGGGAAAAUUUGUGCGAAUAGACAAGAUUGGGGUAAUGGGUAUGGGCUUGAGCCCAGUGUAAGAUUCUACUAUCCGAGAAAAACAAGUGGUGGGAAUUGAGAGGACGGCGACGUUUCUAUCGCCACCCUUUAAUCCAAUAAUAAUAUUUCAAAUUACUCUUAUUUUCAGUAGUUCGGAGAUAGGCUAAGAUGAUUUAUCAGGUAGAUAAUCUGCUGUUGUUGAGUCCACGAUAACUGUUAAAGCUCCGGCGGCAUGUGUACGGGCUCCGACUCGGCUUCGGAUUCUAAGUCGGAUCCCAACUCAAACGGGUGGACCCGAGCUCGUGGAGCGGUACUCAAGUCGUUAGUACUCAUCGGCGGUGCCUUAUUGCUCCGGCGGUUAACUAAGUCGACUACACGUUGGGACCAUGCUCGAAUUGUUGCUGAAUCACUUAACGGCGAAAAGUUUUCAAAGGAGCAAGCUGUUAGGGAUCCUGAUAGUUAUUUUAAUUUCAGAUGGCUUUCUUGUCCUGCUGCAGACAUGGUAGAUGGCUCUAAGGUUUUAUAUUUUGAGCAGGCAUUUUGGCGGACACCGCAUAAACCCUUUAGACAGAGAUUUUUCAUGGUCAAGCCUUGUGCAAAGGAGUUGAAAUGUGAUGUUGAGGUAGGUACAUACGCUAUCAGAGAUGCAGAGGAGUACAAGAACUUCUGUGAUCGCCCUAGGGACCAACGUCCACAACCCGAAGAAGUUAUUGGGGACAUUGCCGAACAUUUGACUACCAUCCAUCUAAAGCGCUGUGAACGUGGGAAACGAUGCUUAUAUGAAGGUUCAACGCCUGCCGAUGGAUUUCCUAAUUCAUGGCAGAAUGGUGCGACCUAUUGUACCUCGGAACUUGCUGUGUUAAAGAAUAAUGAGAUACAUGCCUGGGAUAGAGGCUAUGAUGACGAUGGCAAUCAAGUUUGGGGUGUUAAAGGAGGUCCAUAUGAAUUCAAGCCUGCUCCUGCUUCAAGCUUUGACGAUGUACUGAAUCCUUUGAGUUUUGCUUCACAACCCGUGGGGAAAAGAAUAGAGGGUUCAUUUGUCCUCCAGGAAUGAUUUCUUGUUAUAUAAUCUCCUCCCUGCCCUCAUCAUGUAAAUCAUAACCCAAUUAGUAUUAUGUUUAAAUCAUAGUAAAUCAUAAGUUAUUUUAUAUUUCAAA